CGUAAUUUCUCUCAACCUUCAUUGGAAUUUCUCUAAUUGGCUGCCAGUCGGACGAUCAUCAUUGAAUUCCAGAGAAAAUUUUCUCUAUUUAGCAUUUUUAUGUUUUCUAUAUGCGCUUCUAUAAAACCGUGUAACAAUAAAAAUAUUGUAGAUAUUGUUGUUCUCGGUCAUUACUUGAAUAUCAUUUCUAUAUUCUAUAGUUAUAUCCCACGUACUUCAGUAGAGGUUAUUGGUUUUCCACUAUCUCAAUUCCGAACUUUACAAUAACUAUAAUGGACAUCGUUAACAUUAUUGAAAGAGUUGUUUACUUAGGUCAACAAGUCAUGGAGCGCUUAGAAGCCCAUAAAGAGGCCGUUGCAAGUCUCAAGAAGUUGGAAAUCAUUUUGGAACAGCUCAAAAACGUUGUCUUCAAAAUUACUGAAGCAAAUAUUGAUAAAUCCCAUGUUAUUAGUAUCAAAGACACCCUUGAACGAACUCAUAAUGUUUAUAUGAAAUGCGUUGAGGAUCUCAACACAAAAGAGAAACAUCGUAACAAGUUUGUUGUCAAAAAAUUUAAACAGGCUGUUGGAAUAUAUAAAGCUCCCAGUAUCUUAAGCGAAAUUCAGCGUACUAUCCAAGACGUUGAAUACCAUCUUAAUAUCACCGAUAAGUCUUUGAGUAUAAUACAACACGCUCAGGCUUCGCAUACGCCAAAAAUCAUUUCAACAUCUUCAACAUCCACAACAACUUCUAGUGACAUUUUAAAAUCCGAAUUGAGAGAGGCCCUUACCAAUACGAUUGAUGAACUAGUUACAAGGCUCAAAAAUGACUGCCAGCAACUUCAAGAAAAGCUCGAUCGUUGCACACUUUCUAUCGAAGCUUCUUUUUUUGAAGGGUUUGGAAGCGACAAUCCUGAGGCAAUUUCAUUUUGGAAAGACCAUUUCAGAUCUGCAGAACUCUGCAUAUCAACUGUUGCCCCAUACGAAAAUAUGUAUGUCUCCUGGGCUCGGUUUGUCCACGAACUCGAAAUAACCUUUCAAUUAAAAAAUAUUCCAACUGCAACCAAGGAGCCAUAUUUUGGAUCAAUCGAUGAAAUCCGCAAAUAUGGUAACAGAUAUUACAUCGAUCCAACCGGAACGCGCAAACUAAAAGAUAUACGGUCACUUUGGCUUCCAGCCUUGCGCCAAGCAUUGGAUCCACUUCAUAAAGGUUACAUUAAACCACAUGAUUACUUAUCUUUCCUUGGUGGAGAGUCGUUAUCUAACAAACUAAGGCAAAUCGUUUUUGAUAGCUGUGGAUAUGGCAUUUUUGUAGAAUGUCAGCGAACAAGUGACGAUAUUUCACUUCCAUCCGAAAUGGAGAGCCCUGCCCACCAAGUUGGUUGGAUGUCUGCUUGCCAAAUCGUGUCAGUACCUUCACCGACCGAACUUGGCGUAUUCAUAUAUGAAACUCAACCACAACUUUAUAGCCUUAUUGAAAACUUUACUCACCCUAAAAAUGAUGUUUGGGUGUAUGUCCGCUACUUACAAACCGGCCAAAUUGAAAAAAAACUUCUUUCCAAGAACGUGCGGAUGUUUGGUGGGCUCCGUAUUGGAAUUACAAUCGCUGUCUGCUACACUUUGGAAAACGGUUCAAAUGCUUGGAGUGAUAAUCUUUCAAUUGUGGAACUCAAAGCAUGUGCUGGUGGUCGUUAUAUUGUAACCGCUGGAUCAGAAAGUAAUGUUAUCGAGUUUAUAACAAAACCGCCAAUCGGCUUUGACGAUCGUGCGGUACGGAUUGAGUAUCAAUCCGACGAUUUAACCGAUCUUUUGGAAUUUGAUUAUUCCCUUUUGGGAUCAUCUACAGUCUUUACACAAGAACCUAAAAUUGGUGAAAAAAUUCAGAUCAGGACGGACGGAUUAUGGUAUGAUGUCAGAGUUUCCGCAGUAAAUGGUGAACAUGUAGAAUACGUUGAUUGGUCAUCUACUCCUGACCCAACAGACGAUGCUGAAAGCGACGAUUUUCAAAUGGGUUUCUCAGAUGACCAACUAACAACACUAGAAAAAGGCGAAAGUAAAAUUUGGUGUCCGUGGACGCGUGGAGUGACGACUUCGGAUAUUAGGCCUUAUCGCUGCCUUCAUGUUGGUGAUCUUGUUGAAGUUCCCGUUACAUACCCAGACUAUCUUUUUCAUUAUUAUGACCUGGAAGAGUCACAGCUUUACCUUCCAGCUCGCAUCAUUGAUGUUCAGGAUGACCAGUAUCUGGUCAAGUUCAGUCCUGCUGUUAUUGCUUAUCACUGGUGGCCUGGUCGAUCAUCAAGCGAAUUUCCACGUGAGCCAGAUGCCAAGGAAACUGUUAAAAAUCCAUUUGUUGAGACACAGGUCACGGUAAACAUGGAUCGAGUUCGUCCUUAUGCUGCUGGAAUUAGCUCGCUCCCUGUUUUGGGCACACAAUCAAUAAGGCCACAGAGCUGGUCAGCGUUUCAGGGCAUCCAAUAUACAGACCUGCAACAAUUUGACGAAAAUAUUCUGUGGAAAUAAUAAAUAUUCAUUAUAAAUUGCUAAUCGACAUGUAAAAAAUCGUUUGCAUAUUUUGCAUUUCGUCCCUAUACAAUAUUUAAUAUCUCAUUAUUUAUCUACCCCGGUCUAAUAUUUAAUUAUGAAACUAAAUAAUUUUUUUUAGAAUAGCAAUAUAAUAAUCACGGUGAUUGGGCUAGAGAAGGUUUAUCAAUAUGCUGAUCAAGUAGUACUUUUUUGAUGAAACGUAAACCAGAAUCUAAUAUUCAAAUGGAUAAAACCUUCAAAUUUAAUAAUUUUUGAAGUCCAAUUUAUUAUUCAAUAACAUUUCAAAAUAAAUAAAAAUCGAGAAACGCUAGCUAAUUUUCUAAUUAUAAU